AUGCUCGAAGACCUGAAGAGCUGUUACAGAGAUGACAACCUUAAUGAAGGAGUUCAGGCAACUCCCAAUCACUAUGACAUUCGUGAUACCCAACAGAUGGUAUGGAUCCUGAAUGGAAAUGUACUAGUAGCAGUUCCAUCUAGAAACAAUGUGGAUCCUGUCACUCUUUCAAUAAUAGCAUGUAGAGACACACAAUAUUGUGAUAAAGAAAAAGGUAAUCUGAUUUACCUGGGAAUCAAGGACAAAAAUCUUAGUCUCUACUGCACAGAAAUUGAGGGCAAGCCUACUUUGCAGCUUAAGGAGAUCAACAUCAUGAACCUGUACUGGGAAAAAACAGCACAAAAGCCUUUUCUCUUUUUCCACAGUAGGGAAGGCUCCACCUCUGCCUUUCAAUCUGUCACCUACCCUGGUUGGUUCAUAGCCACCUCCUCUGUGCCAAAUCAACCUGUGUUCAUCAUCCAAGAGAGGGGCUUAACUAACAAUACCAACUUCUAUUUAGAUCCUAAGAAUUAAAUCCAAUCUUGACUGUGGGUGGCUAAUUCCAAGACAGAGGAUCAAUCUUUUAUUUGAAAACACAGUAACUUAUUUUAAGGCCCUGGCAAGGUCAUCAGCAUUUCAGCCCUCCCAUAGCCCACUUAAUUCUGACUGUCCCAACACUACCCCCUCCUUCAGGUAUUCGUUUCUGCACCACGUCCCUCAUUUGGACAUCACAUCAGGGGGAAGCCUAAGAAUUACUCUCAUUCUUUCCUGACCUUGUCCUCUCAUCUGUUCAGCUACCAAGUACACUUCAAUCAAUACACAUGCUUUACAUGCAUGCUACCUUCCUAUUCCUAUGCCAACCCAGAGGUGGGGAUCCCAAAUGAUCUUCUUCACACAAUUAUAUCAA